AUGAGACCUCAUUGCUAAACCCUCCUUCCAACCAUACUAUUUGGUUUGAAGUACAAGAUUCUGCAUCUCUGCUGCUUCCUUUCCAUGAGUGCACUGAAUUCGUGCACCCAGUGUGCACUCCUUCGGCCUUGAUCCAUGAUUGCUGACCCCUCGUUGUCUUCCAAAUCAGCCUCUCGUCCUCCACGGCUAUCCGCAAGCAAAAGUAUUCGAGGAUCAAGCGUCUCUCUCUUAGUUCUUGCAAAAUAUUAUACUCACUAUAGAUAAUCGUCUCUACUUCCUCUCAGAAACUCGACUUCUGUUCAAUUGCAUGCCUGUCCAGCUCCACGCUCUUUACGCCGCUUCCGCAUCAACGCUACCCUCGUAAUCACAACAUCUAUUCUUAUGCCAUAUCAAGCUUUCUUGCUUCGUUACGGAAAGUUUCUAUGUGAUAAUGUUUAAUCAAAUGUUGCAUCCCGCUUCCACGGCCUUGGCUGCGACCUGGGCGCUAGCACUUCUCUUUGCUCCGGUUUCUCAGGCGCAAUUUCCGCCUCCAAUUACACCAGACUCUAACUUGACAACUAUAUUAUCGCCAGUAAAUGGGAACAUCUCUAUUACCUACAAGUCACCUCCUCCCGGGACCUGCACUACUGUGUUUCCCAACCAGAAGCAAUACACGGGGCAUGUACAACUUCCGCCAUAUACGCUCGCUCCCGUCCAGCAGAAUUACUCGAUCAAUACUUUCUUUUGGUUUGUCGAGGCUCGGGAAUCUCCAGAAACAGCCCCUCUAACGAUCUGGCUUAAUGGCGGACCGGGUGGCAGUAGUAUGAUGGGAAUGUUUCAAGAAAACGGACCCUGCGAAGUUGUGGAGCUGGGAUUGAAUGAAUGGGGCACCAAGGCUCGAGAUUGGGGCUGGGACAGAAGCUCUAACAUGCUCUAUGUUGACCAGCCCAAUCAAGUAGGCUUCUCAUACGAUAUACCAACGAAUGUGUCUCUCGACCUCCUUCGUAACAAUUACGUCGAACCUCCAACACAAUUGCCUUCGGGAGCGCAACCAUACGCCUUUUUAAACGGCACGUUUGGUUCGAUGCAGAAUUACACAACCGCCAACACAACUGAAAUUGCAGCCUACUCUAUCUGGCACAUGCUUCAAGGCUUUUUGGGAUCAUUUCCUCAAUACAAUCCAGGAUUUCGGAUUGACACAAACGAGACUUCACCGGCGGGAGUGAAUCUGUUUGCAGAAAGUUACGGGGGCAAAUACGGCCCGGGCUUUGCUUCUGUCUGGGAAGAACAAAACAUGAGGCGCAUGAACGGAUCUCUUCCACAGAAUGGCACGCUGGAAAUCCAAUUACAAGCACUGGGUAUCGUAAACGGCUGCAUCGAUGAUCUCAUCCAGGCGCCUUUCUACCCUUACAUGGCCUAUAAUAAUAGCUACGGCAUAAAAGCAAUUAGCGCAUCUGCGGCGCAGAAUGCGCUCGACAGCUUCAGUGCACCAGGAGGUUGUCGCGAUGCUAUUUUGGCAUGUCGCAAGGCUGUAGCGGAACAAGAUCCGAACAAUGACGGCAACGUGCCUGACGUCAAUGAUCUCUGUAUCGAUGCAGAAGCCAUUUGCCAGACAAAUGUCACCGAUCCCUAUACUGUAUCAAAUCGAGGGCAGUAUGACAUUCGACACAUGAACCCUGAUCCGUUUCCCCCAGGCGAAUAUCGAGAAUAUCUGAACCAGGGAAAUUUCCUCGCGGCGAUUGGGGCUCGAACAAACUAUUCGGAGGUUAGCAAUUUUGUAAAUGGCGUUUUCAUAACUACUGGCGAUCCUGAAAGAGGAGACCAGAUCUCCCAGCUCGCUUACCUUCUUUCCAAAGGCGUCCGGGUAGCGCUCAUUUAUGGUGAUGCGGACUAUAUUUGCAAUUGGUAUGGCGGUCAAGCAGCUUCCUUCGCUGUCGCGCAAGCAUCGAACUACACGCCAUUCUACAAUGCAGGCUAUGCAGAUAUUCAGGUGAAUCAGUCUUAUAUUGGUGGCGCCGUCCGUCAAUACGGGAACUUGUCUUUUUCGCGAGUCUAUGACGCCGGCCACCUUGUCCCGGCCUACCAGCCGGAAACCGCAUUCACCGUGUUUACUCGAAUUAUUCAAGGCACGAAUAUUGCUACUGGAGAGACUGUCAAUUUGACAAACUUUGGGACGACUGGUAAUGCGAAUGCGACUCAUACCAACAAAGCCGGGCCAGCCCCCAGUCCAACUUGUUGGAUUCGAGCCAUCGAAGAUACUUGCACGGACCAGCAGAAAGUCAUGAUCAUGAAUGGACAAGGUGUGGUUAUCAAUGGCGUACUGUAUGACAAAGCGAGCGAUUGGAGCUCGCCAGCAUCAACAGCAACGUCCAACGUUGGAGUUCCUGGUUCUUAUCCUACAACCAAGACGGAAACUUCAGUCGUCACUCAGACUGCAUCGGCAACAGUGACGUCCAGUAUGCCGACCGGCGUGUACGUUGCGAGCGGGACGUCAUCAAAUGGGAUGAAGAAUGGGUCAUUCUCUCUGGCGCCUGGAUGGGCUCUACUUGGCUCACUUGUUUUAAUGCUUUCCAUGUCGUUUUACGGAAUCUAAAAUAGAAGCUGCCAUUUCAUUUCUAGCCGGAACAUAGGCGUAUGGGUGGGCAUAUCACUGAUCUUGUUUGUCAUGGCAUCUGACUGCAAAAGUUUUGACUGAAGAAAUUUGAAAUAGAGAUAUUUGAAAGGCAAAUAUGAAUAUAUUUACGGAG